UUUGUUUCUGGAACUAUUUGCUAAUAAAUUCAUCUUGUUUAUUUAAUAAUAUUGGUAAGAUAUUGAGAUAAUAUUUUAUUUCGAUAGAAGAAUUUAGUGUUUUAAGAAGAAUUGGUAUUGAUUUAGGUAUUGGUGGUGGUGUGAUUAAUUCUAUACUUCAUAAUGAUAAGUAACGAAAAGAUUAAAAAAAAACUUGUUUUCUUUAAAUUUAAAUAUAUUCUAGUUGAUGAUGGUCAUCGAGAUGUUAUUUUUGAUCGUUUUCAAGAUGUUGAACUAAAUGUUAUUGAAGAAGGAACUCAUUUUAUGAUUCCAUGGCUUCAUAGAGCAAUUAUAUUUGAUAUUCGUACACGACCACGAUCUGUUCCAUCAAUAACAGAAAUAAAAGAUUUACAAACAAUUAAUAUAACAUUACGUAUUCUUCAUCGACCAAGAGCUGAACUUUUACCGAAAAUUUUUUGCAAACUUGGUGAAUUAUUAAUAGAACGUGCUGCUCAAUUUGGUUUAUUACUUGAUAUUUCAAUUACACAUUUAAGUUUUAGAUCUGAAUUUACAAGUGCUGUUGAAUUAAAACGACGAUUUUUAGUCGAAAAAACGGAACAAAGUCGUCAAGCAAAUGUUAUUGCGGCAGAAGGUGAUGCUCGUACAGCUGAUUUGAUUGACAAAGCUUUAGAUGAAGCUGGUGAUGAAAAAGAAGAUCAGAUCAACAAUUCUCUAGAUGAUAUUAAAGAUUCGAGUACGAUUGAAAUGAUGAAUUUCGAUAAUCUCUUUCGACGUUUUAUAUUAACUCAAUCAUUUGUACGUGGUUGGGGAAAUCCAUUUCAUUUACAAGACACUUUUACCUAUCGACGUGGAAAAAUUGGUAAACAAAAAGGUAAUCAAAAUUAUAUAAAUGCUCGAUUUGGUUCACCACUUGCCAAUUAUUUACCGCAUUUGGUUCCAUCUCAAGUAGCUACAGCUCAUUUUCAAUUCGUUCUAUCACGUGAUCAUCGUUUUGGUAUUGAUUCAAUUCCAAUAAGAAUUUGUUAUGCUGGAACAGGUGAUCAUGGUUCAAUUCUUCUUGAAAAUCCAUAUUAUGAUUUAAGAAAACCACAAGAUCAAUCUCGUUCAUCAUUAUUGUAUGUUACCAAUUUAUAUAUCAUGGGUGAAGAACUUGUUUUAGAAACACUUAUGCUACUUCAUUGGUGUCAAAAAAUGAAAUUAACACCAGCUAUUCUACAUGACUUUUCUCUUGGUGGAUAUAUGGCUUCAUUAGCAUUUACAAAAUGGCCUGAUCCACCUUCUCGACAAUUCUAUGAAAAUAAAGCCUCUCAAACAUUUUAUGAUUAUUUACGUGAACGAAAUCAAUCAAUAGAUUUAAAUAAAAUUGUUCUCGAUCUUAUUAAAGAUAUGAUGCGUCUUCUUAUGGAUGAAUUUACAUCUUUACAUAAUCACUCACGCCUAAUUCAAUCAAAUAUACCUAAUGUUAUGUUUAUUGCUUGUACACAUGAUGGUAUUUCACAUAUGAAUGAUGCAUGGCCUGGUAUUCAUAUCCGAUAUAUUCUUCAUGGACAUGUUAGUGCAUUUUUAUUUAAUCAAUCAGGUCUUUAUCAUGCUGCUGCUAAAAUGUUACAACGACAAGAAUCAAAUGUAAAAUUAAAAAAAACAUUUAAUCAUAUCACCAAUUUCUGUUACUACACCUAA